UAAAUCUAUAAAUUAAAAUAUUUGUUUGUUAUUUAUUAAAAAAAUAAAAAGUAUAUGUUGCGUAAUUUAUUUGGUGGUUUAAACAAAGUGUAUAGUAUUUACAUAAAUUAGUAAUGCAAUAAUCGUAAGAUAAAUUGAAGCAAACACGCGCAUUCAUUUCUCAAACAUAGAAAUUAAUUAAAUUAAGUUUACUGUAAUUGUUCUUUACCAUCUUGUAUAAAUACUGUUUUGCCUUGUAUAGUACAAUUAGUUCCAAUUUCAGUUUUCAAAAAAUUACAUACAAAAAAAAAUGAAAUACGCUAACAUUUUAGACAUUAGUUUUUUCUCAUUGGGCAUCAAUCGACAACGUCCUCAUGACAACCCAAAAAUCGCAAAUGCUAUCUGCAUUUUCUGGCUUAUAGCCGCGGUUUUUUAUUGCACGCUAUCAACAAUGUUGUUGUUUCAUCUAAAUGGUGAUGUUGAUCUACUUGCGAAAACUAUGGAAGGCAUGACAACAUUCUUGCAGAUGUUUAUUAAAUCAACACCACUAUUAUUACAUCGCAAACGUUUUUUGAAACUCUACGAGCAACACAAAACAUUUUGGAAUCCCGAUUUAUUUCCUGAAACAUUACAGAAGAAACUGGAGAUAAUCAACUAUGUUUUGGAACAUCUUGACAUUAACGAUCCAAAAUACCUAUCAAAGUUUAGAAAGUGUAUGGAGCAUCAUAAAUUUAUACUUAGUUUCACAGCUGAGAUGCUGAGUAUUCUAAGUAUUCCACUUUUGGGUCAGUACAUCUUGUCAAUAUAUUUGAGCUGUAUGGAAUUGUAUCUUUUUGCUGACAGUCUUGGAAGCCCUGAGCGAUUUAUUCUAAGUGUUUUCUACGUAUUGUGCCUAUAUGUACAAUUUGCAUUGUAUUGCUUUCCAGCUACCGAAUAUACCGCAGAGGCCGAACGGUUAGCGACGGCUAUUUACAGUAGUUCUUGGUACAACGGACCUGUGUCACUUCAGAAAAAUGUUGGAUUUGUCAUUCAGCGUGCCCAAAAAGAAUUCAAGUUUAUGGCAGCUGGACUAGCUGAAAUUAAUUGCGAAGCUUUUGUUGUCGUGUUUAAAACAUCACUUUCGUUUUACACUCUAAUGCGACAAAUGAAAGAAAACGUUGAUGGAUGAAGGUGCAAUUAUUCAUGAGUAUUUUUGGUGAGAAUUUUAGAGCACUUAGGAAUUACAAUUGAACAACAACAAAAACAUGAUAAAAAGUCUCUUAAACUACAACAUAACCGUUACAAGCAUAUUUAAAUAUUUUAAAUAUUAUAAAAAUUAUCAGAUUUUACUGAGCCUUUUACGGCAUUCUCUAGGGCCAAAAUUUGCCAAAAAAAGAAAAUGCACUUAAAAAGUAAUCUAGUGUUAUUUGUAUCAAUAUAUGAAAUAAAUUCGAAAUAUUUAUUUAUAUUUAA